UUGCUUUUUUGAGACUGCAUAGGGUUUGCACAGUUCACGUUUCAGCAUUUUUUUCUGUAAUAUUUUAUUUAAUUACGAUUCUGAAACUGGUGGUAAGUCUGUUCACUGAUCGAAAUGCCAACCGAAUUUUACAAGUCUGAGAUAAAUGGUGAGCUGGCUUCAAUAGAACAACCAGGAACUUUCGAUUCUUUCAAUGAACAGAGGUCAUUUUUACAAUCGCAACAGGCGACAUCUCAGUUUUGUUCAAAAUUGAUCAAAGCAGUCGAAGGAGAUGAUUUGGACGAGGCAAAAAGGUUGUUGGAAGAAGCACGCGACACUACCGGUAGCAUGUGCACAGAGAAAGGGAAACAUUGGUACAGCGCUCUGCACACCGCAGCUAUUAUAGGUAAUGUUGAGGCAGUCAAUCUUCUUCUAAAAUACAAUGCAGACGUAAAUUCCCAGAAUUCGUGGAGAAAGGAAUCCCCGCUACACUUUGCUGCAAUAAAAGGGCAAACGAAAGUUUUGGAAACCCUACUAUCACGAGGCGCUUCGGUUAACUCCGUCAAUGCUUCGGGUUCCACACCUCUACAUCACGCAGCCAGAGAGGGACACGUGGCUGCCACUUGCUCGCUGAUCGUUUCCGGGGCAAAGGUCAAUGCAAAAAACGCAGUACAAGACACACCGCUGCACGAAGCCGUGAUGAACUGCAAGCUGGACACGACUAACAUCCUUAUCAAACAUGGUUGUCGUGUAAACUCUCAAAACUCCUACGGAGAAACCAGUCUCCAUCUUGCAUUGCAAAAUAAACACCUUGCCUUGGUGAAAUUGUUAUUACUAAGCAGCGCCGACCCGUCCAUUCGAAAUAAAGAGAUGAAAUCAGCCUUUGAGCUUGCAGAUGAUUAUGAAUUUUUUAAAGAAUUAAAGGCCUCAAAUGCUACUGUUGUGACGAAGUUGCAGCCCCCGUCACCCACCCCAACACUGCAGCUUCGGCCUAAAACAUCAAAGACGUCGUUAUCAUCAACCCCAAGACCAACUGUGCCCAAGGAAACAACCGUAUGAUCUGCGAAGGUACAUGCGACCUAAACAUUUUACUAUUGGGCGAGUGCUGAAGGACAGCAAUUGGAAAAGAUCAUAUUUGCCCUACUUCAACAAGUAUCUUUGGAUACAAAUAUAUAUAUAUUUUAAGCAGUGAAAGGAUGUUUAUCUAGUUGUACCUCUGAAAUGA